AUGGCAGCAGCUAAAGGAAUGCUCGACAAAGUCUACCAACGCCCCUCGCAACACAAACUGGAUAAGAAUAAUUACGCUGUUGGACGGAUCGCACAUCUGAAGGUCGUCGUUGGUUGUUUGCCAUCGGGGAUCUUGGGUACAACCUCCGCGGCUGUGGUAGCAGGACAUAUGGUCCAAACCUUUCAAGCAUUAGAAUGCUUUUUGCUGGUGGGUGUUGGGGGCGGUAUACCGAGCGUAAACUCUGACGUCCGCUUGGGAGAUGUUGUUAUCAGCCAGAAGGUCAUCCAGUAUGAUUUUGGCAAAGCUGUUCCUGGUGGUGGCUUUAUACCGACGGGCCAUCUGAAUUACCCGCCGACCGUUUUACUCAGCACCGCUUCACAGCUAGAAAGUCAAGAAGCUACAGGACCAUCGGGGUUAGUGUCUUCCAUUUUAGGGCAUUUGGCCCAUAUGGAAGCCAGAUACCCAGAUUCAGAAUACAACUGGUCAUAUCCAGGCGUGGAGAACGAUCAGCUGUUCAAUAACGACUAUAUUCACGAAGGAAACGAUUUCUCAUGCACUGAUUGCGACCCGCUCCAAUUGGAAUUGCGCACCCCACGUGCAAAUAAUCGGCCAAAGUUUCACUAUGGGACGAUAGCAUCGGCCAAUAGGAUCCUGCGCGACGGCGCUACUCGAGAACGACUCCGCAAGGAUACAAAAGCACUAUGCGUCGAAAUGGAGGCGGCUGGGCUUAUGAACAACUAUCCAUGUUUAGUUAUCCGUGGCAUUUGCGACUAUGCUGAUUCCCACAAGAACAAGGACUGGCAACCCUACGCUGCGGGGAUAGCAGCUGCGUAUGCUAAGGAACUGUUGUCUAUGAUACCAGAGCACGAAUAG